GUACCAAAAGCAAAUUGUUGACUCAGCUGUGUACAAUAACAAUGAAUGCAUAAGUCAGUUUUCCCAUUGUUGUUUCAUCUGUGUCUUAGUUAUUGAACAGAAGUUCUGCUAUCUCAAGUCUUGUUUGGAACAACAAUGGGAUUGUUUGCAUUAAUGAACCUACAUAUAUAAGUCAGCUUAGAUGUUCUUAAAACUCCUGUUCGGGCCACUCCAACUUCCGUACCAUGGCAAGUUCAAUGCAUAUGAGAAGGGCGUUCAUCCUGCAUUUGGCAUUUACCUCAUGCACACAGGACUAUGCUUGCUUCCUAGUCUUUGCUAUUUGGGAUAGCUGGCCAUAAAGAGGCCUACCUUUCCAUUUUUCAACAUAUCUGUAAGCGAAAAUUAUUUUCACAACUUUGCUGUAAUCUUUGCCUUGUUCUGAAAGUUCUGAAAAUCAUUCACUCAUUUAUUGUUUGGCCCAUUGAACAACCUUACUGUGUGUGCAUGUCUGUGUGAGAGAGUGAGAGAAAGGAGAAUAAGAAGGGAAACCAAGGGCCUCGAUUAUUUUUAAUCAUGACCAUAUAAAGGCAACAGGCAAUGAAGCCACAUUAUACUGUAUAUGCGGGGUGUUUUAUUUUAUCGUUUACAGAAUUUUAAAAAAAUCACCCGUCAUAUGUAGCACAAUUCUACUGCUUAAAAGACACUAAAGGUUACUAUGAAGUCAAGUCAAAGUGAUAAAGCAAUGCUCUAGAACGUUUAAGGCAUCAAUAAGAUCGCAAACAGAGCUUUGGUAACUGAGAAAUUGAGGUAAAUGCAUGACACGAUUUGAAACCCCCCAGUGACAUUCCGGUACUAGCCCGAUGACGAAGGCACUCCUUAUCAUAAUUCAUGUCACUAGUACUCAACUACUCGUACUAAAAAGAUUAUUUCAUUAGAUUAUAAGACGGAAGAUAAUGCUACUUGUCUACUUCUAUUCGAUUCUAAGAAAAAAUAACAUUUUGACGUUACCCUUGAGUAGUAUGGGUGGUCAAAAGGUUUCGUUUUCGCUCGACUCUGCGCGCUCAACUCUGUGCCCUUUGGAGUUUCAGUUGUUUCGUUAUCUCGUCUUGCUGCGCUGGUUCUGCUGGCUUGCGAAACUUGCAUUUGGAACAAGCAGUGAGAAUGCCACGUCCAUGUGAUGUCGUGGGAUGCGCGAACGAUCCGCGGAAGUUGGCCAAGGGCAGUUGCAGCGGCGAAUCCAACGUUACUUGUCACUGUGCACCAACGAGUGAACCUAUCCGUUCGAAGUGGUUAAGUGUCGUACCUCUGCCACACCACGUUGGCAAAGAGCCGAAAAAUCGCAUAGCGUGCUCGCUGCACUUUCGUCCAGAGGAUUACGAGUUCAACGCCAACUUACUGAAGUCGCGUGGAGUGCCUUUCAAAGCAAUGCUUUCCCGUAGUGCUGUUCUGUCGGUCUUGCCUGCAUUCUUCGAAGCGCAAGAACAACUGCAGGUCGAAGACGGGGCAGUGAGUGCGGCAUUUGGUUUUCACGAAGGAAAAGCUACAAAUGUUCGAAUAUGUACGGCCAUGACAUACAGUUGCCGUCGUAAUAGUACGCAACGACGCUGGCAGCGCGAGCCCUUAGCAGCAGGUCACAUUCAUCGGUGCUUAAAUCGCUGAAGUCGAGCCCAGCAUCGCGAGCCAAUGUGUCGUUGUCAGGGUUGUCCGUUGCAACAAGCGUCGAAGUUGUCGAAGUUAGUGUCAUAAAAUAAAGAACCAGCUUAUCGUAGCGCGCUUUCCCUUCCGCUAGCCACCAUAGUUCCGCUUUCGCGCUGCUGUCGGCUCUGUCUUGGCUCUGUUUCUGGCCGCGCGUUUGCGUUUUGCGCAGAAAAGCCAUAGCGCUGUCUGGGGGCGCCAUUUUACUCACCGGCGGCGCAACGUCACUAUGAGACCAUGACGUCACCACUCCUCAAUAGGAGGGCGGGCGAUUUGAACUGCGCUAAAGACCUCCCAAAAGAUGGUCCUCCACAAAGUGGAUCGCAAACAAAGAGCUCUGGAAGCAAACCACCACAGUGGAAUUUCAGCUUUGGAGGCCAAGGAAACAGGAGUGGUCGCAACCCUUUCAACCCGGAUGACCAGAAUCGCAUGAUGACUGUGGCCCUUGUUACCACCUUGGGUAUCCUGGGUCUGCUUGCUUUUAACGAGAUGCGGUACAAGGAGAUAACGUGGAAAGACUUUGUCAAUGCCUACUUGGCUCGUGGCAUAGUUGAAAAGCUUGAAGUCAUCAACAAAAAGUGGGUGCGAGUCAGACUUCUUCCAGGAAACCAAAUUGAUGGAAAUAACGUUCUAUGGUUCAACAUUGGAAGUGUGGACACUUUUGAGAGAAACCUGGAAAAUGUUCAGCUGGAGUUCAACAUAGAGCCACCCAACUUUGUUCCCGUCAUCUACAAGAAUGAGAUGGAUGGGUCGAGCAUUAUUGGUAUCCUGCCAACGCUGCUCCUAUUUGGCUUCCUCUUUUGGACAAUGCGACGAUCUGCAGGGUUCAUGGGGGGCGGUGGGGCAAGAAGAGGAGGUGGCAUCUUUGGCAUGGGGGAGACAACAGCUAAGCUGAUUAAUCCCAAUGACAUAGGAGUCAAAUUCAAAGAUGUUGCUGGUUGUGAAGAAGCAAAAGUGGAGAUUAUGGAAUUUGUCAAUUUCUUGAAGAAUCCACAGCAGUAUAUUGAGCUUGGGGCCAAGAUUCCAAAGGGCGCCAUUCUGACAGGACCUCCUGGCACAGGCAAGACUCUACUAGCUAAAGCAACAGCUGGUGAAGCCAAUGUCCCAUUCAUUACUGUCUCGGGGUCUGAGUUCCUUGAGAUGUUUGUUGGAGUUGGCCCAUCUCGUGUGCGCGAUAUGUUCUCUAUGGCCCGGAAGAAUGCUCCCUGCAUUCUCUUCAUAGAUGAAAUUGACGCAGUUGGUCGCAAACGAGGUGGUAGGAGUUUUGGAGGCCACAGCGAGCAAGAGAACACACUUAACCAACUGCUCGUGGAAAUGGAUGGUUUUAAUACAACUACAAAUGUCGUCGUUUUGGCUGCUACAAACAGAGUGGACAUUCUUGACCAAGCUUUGUUAAGGCCUGGGCGCUUUGAUCGGCAAAUCUUUGUCCCUGCUCCAGACAUCAAGGGACGUGCUUCAAUAUUUAAAGUUCACUUAAAGCCACUGAAGACACUGUUGGACAAGAUGGAGCUUGCCCGGAAAAUGGCUGCUCUUACGCCUGGAUUUACAGGAGCUGAGAUUGCCAAUGUCUGCAAUGAAGCUGCCCUCAUAGCAGCUCGCGAUCUCAAUGACAGCAUCAACAUGACGCAUUUUGAGCAGGCUAUAGAACGAGUUGUUGCUGGAAUGGAGAAGAAAACCAAUGUGCUGCAGCCGGAAGAAAAGAAGACAGUGGCUUAUCACGAGGCAGGACAUGCGGUAGCAGGGUGGUUCUUGGAACAUGCUGACCCUCUUCUGAAAGUUUCUAUCAUCCCACGUGGAAAGGGAUUGGGCUACGCUCAGUACCUGCCCAAGGAGCAGUACCUCUACACAACAGAACAGCUUCUAGACAGGAUGUGUAUGACCUUGGGAGGCAGAGUUUCUGAGCAAAUAUUCUUUGAAAAGAUCACGACUGGUGCUCAGGAUGACCUAAAGAAAGUCACUCAAAAUGCAUAUGCGCAGGUAGUACAAUUUGGAAUGAAUGAAAAAGUGGGCAACCUCAGCUUUGACAUGCCUCAACCUGGUGACAUGGUGCUGGACAAGCCAUACAGUGAAGAAACAGCGCAGAUGAUUGACUCUGAGGUGCGCAAGAUGGUGCAGAAGGCCUAUGACCGCACUAUGGCAUUGCUGCUGGAGCAUAAAGCAGACAUCGAGAAGGUUGCAAAGCGCCUUCUAGAGAGGGAAAUCUUGAGCAGAGAUGACAUGAUUGAAUUGCUAGGCAAAAGACCCUUCCCAGAAAAGUCAACGUAUGAGGAAUUUGUUGAAGGAACUGGCUCUUUUGAAGAAGAUACCACGUUACCUAAGGGCCUUGAGUCAUGGAACAAAGGACCUGAGGAGGACACUAAGUCGAGCAAGCCAUCCUCCCCAGAUAAAGACCAGAAACAACAAUCUGCUAGUUCUUGACUUUGUCACUUUCAUUUUUGGUGCUGUUCAUUGUCCUUACUUCACUUUCUUUGUGUGUUAGGCUGGCAAGAUUUAAUAUGCCCAGUGGUGACCAUUUUCUGGGUCGUGGGUUUUUGUUUGAUAGAAUGUACAGAGUUCAAAUUUUUUCAUGUGGAGGAGCGUAUCAUCACAAAGUAAAAAUAGGCAUGCUGAAGUGCUUAGUAUUUGUGAAUGAAUAGCAUGUCAGCAGCGCAUCGUUACAUUGUCUGCAUGUUAGUGUGGUCUGUUGAAUUAAGUGACAAUAAAUUGUUUCAUUUA